GACGCGCCCCGAGUCACGUGACCCAGGCUUAGUGUUCAGUAAUGUUAGUGUGAGUGACUGUAAAUUCAUCCCACAGCUGUUUAACACCAUACAGAAGGAGCAGGUGGCGUUCAGCAUGAAUUUCCUCCUGGAGACUCUGCGUGUGCUGGUGCUAUCUGUCUACUACAUCCUGGAAGCCUUUGUGAAGUUCUUCCUGCCGGUGGGGAAGAAGAGCAUUGCCGGUGAGACGGUGCUGAUCACGGGGGCGGGCAGUGGCAUCGGACGCGUCAUGGCCACCGAAUUCGCUGGCAUAGACGUCACGCUGGUGCUGUGGGACAUCAACCUGGACGGGGUGAAGGAGACGGCUCGGGUGCUUAAGGAGAAGGGCGCCCGCAGUGUUCACUGCUAUCAGGUCGACUGCAGCAACCGGGCAGAGGUGUACAGAGUGGCAGAGCAGGUGAGACAGGAAGUCGGCGAUGUCACAAUCCUCAUGAACAACGCCGGCAUCGUCACCGGCAAGAAGUUCAUGGAUUCUGCAGACGGCCUCGUGGAGAAGACGCUCCAAGUUAACGCCAUGGCUCACUUCUGGACGUAUAAAGCGUUCCUUCCAGCAAUGACAGAGAAGAACCACGGACACCUGGUCUGCAUCUCCAGCUCUGCAGGACUGAUCGGGGUUAAUGGUCUCGCAGAUUAUUGCGCUAGCAAGUUCGCUGCCGUGGGUUUCGCCGAGUCCGUGGCGCUGGAGCUCCUAGCCACGGGGAAAGACGGCGUCAAGACGACGAUAGUGUGUCCGUAUUUCAUCAACACCGGGAUGUUCGACGGCUGCAGCACGAAAUGGCCGCGUCUGCUUCCCCUCCUGGAACCCGAGUACGUCGCUAAGAAGAUCAUGAACGCCAUCCUGACGGAUCAGACCUUCCUUUUAAUGCCAAGGAGCAUGUACCUCUUAAUGUUUUUGAAAAGUUUCCUGCCGUUUAAGGGAGCCGUGAUCCUGGGCAUGUACUUCGGAGCCUUCAACUUCAUGGACACUUUCAAAGGCAGAAAAAAGAAAGAAAAUUAAUUUGAAGAAUUUUUUAUUUUUUUUUGUCCGUUUGCGUUACUGUAUUUCAACUGUAUUUUAUUUAGAAUUGUUAUUCCAACGUUAAAGAAUAAUAACUGAAUUAAUCCAUAAACACUUUCAGAUUUUAUUAUAGGACCAACUGAUACAGCAGCUCAUUAAUGUGGUAGAUUUAAAGCUUAGUGAAGCUGUUUUCUGUUUACAUCUCGUUUUUGUGUCAUAGCGAAAAAUAACAAAAUAAUGUUCACUUGAA